AAUACGAUAGUUUCUUGUCACGAAUUUUUUAAAUAUGUGUAUUGUAGUGACGUGCCCAUAUUUAGUAUCCUUGUAGAAGUUACUAUCGCAGACUUUGUCAUCUCGGCCGGCAUCUGCUGUCAGAUUCGUGGUCGCCAUUUUUCCAGCUCAUUUUUCGGCACACUCAGGUACUAACUUUUUCUCUUGUUGUACGUGUGAGUGAGCUGGGCGUCUGCUGCGAAAAAAAUUUAUUUUUCUUGAAGAAAAUUGUUCGACGCAUAAUAUACUAAGAAAACAAGAAGUGAAAAUGGCUGACUUAAAUGAUUCUAAUGGAAACUACGACGACAAUGAUGAGCAAAUUUCUGAGCCCGAACAGCUCCGUAAACUGUUCAUCGGCGGUUUGGACUACCGAACCACCGAUGAGGGUCUUAAAGCUCAUUUUGAGAAGUGGGGCAAUAUUGUAGAUGUCGUGGUCAUGAAGGAUCCCAAAACAAAGCGUUCACGCGGCUUCGGCUUCAUAACUUACUCUCAGUCGUAUAUGAUUGAUAACGCGCAGAAUGCACGUCCCCAUAAAAUUGAUGGACGCACUGUAGAGCCAAAGCGUGCUGUGCCACGACAGGAGAUCGAUGCACCAAAUGCCGGCGCCACGGUGAAGAAGCUGUUUGUCGGCGGUCUGCGCGACGAUCAUGACGAAGAAUGCUUGCGCGAGUAUUUCAAGGAGUUUGGACAAAUUGUGGGAGUUAAUAUUGUGUCUGAUAAGGAUACGGGCAAAAAGCGCGGCUUUGCGUUUAUUGAGUUCGAUGACUAUGAUCCUGUGGACAAAAUUAUCCUACAAAAGACGCACAACAUCAAGAACAAAACGCUUGAUGUGAAGAAAGCAAUUGCCAAACAGGAUAUGGAUCGUCAAGGUGGCGGCGGCGGCGGUGGUGGUGGCGGCCGUGGUGGUCCUGGUGGUCGUGCUGGCGGACGAGGUGGUGAUCGCGGCGGCCAAGGCGGUGGCUGGGGUAAUAAUCGUCAAAAUGGUGGCGGUAAUUGGGGUUCCGGCGGUGGAGGCUUUGGGAAUAACGGCAAUUUUGGUGGCAACCAAGGUAGCUCUGGCGGCUGGAACCAACAAAGUGGCCCGUGGAAUAACCAGGGUGGUAACAGCGGCGGCGGAGGCGGAGGCGGUGGUUGGAAUAAUGGUGGCGGCGGCGGCUACAGCGGCAACGGUGGCAACAGCAACGGCAACUGGGGCGGCGGCAAUGGUGGCGGUAGCUUCAGCAACGAUUACCAACAGAGCUACGGCGGUGGCCCGCAGCGCAAUAGCAACUUUGGCAACAAUCGCCCAGCGCCUUACAACCAAGGAGGUGGCUUCAACAAGAGUGGUGGCCAAGGCGGCGGCGGUGGUGGCCAGGGUGGUUUUGGCGGCGGUAACAAUUACAACACUACCCAAGGUGGUAAUAUGGGCGGCAAUAGACGUUACUAAUCAAGGUAAACACUUACAGAAUCAGUUCAAGCUAGACAAACAGGCAGUCUAGGCGCAGGCAGUGAGACAGGCAGAAGCAGAGGCAGAGACAGGCAAUCAAUGACAGUGAGAGGCAGUGAAAUUUGGGCAAGGCAGGCAGACAAGAUAAUGAUAAUUGAAUGAAAGCAAGUAAUCAGCAGCUAUACAGAAAAUGCAGUGUAUGCAGUUAUCAGGCAAUCAACAUUGAGCGCCCUCAAGACCAGCCUAAGCAACUAACUAAAACCCGAUAAAAAGAAAAAAGAAUGAGAAAUCCAAAAACAACUCAAAUCAAACGCUAAUAAUUAUGUUUGAUAUGUGAUCACCUGAGCUGAACUCACUUCAACCAACAAUAUCAACAAUUAUUGCUAAUGUCUUGUCUCUCAAUUAUACAUACAUUUAAUUUUUAUGAUCAAUUCGUGUUUAGGAUUUUAAGAACCUUGAACGCUUAGUUUUAACUAAAUUAACACAACACACAACAAAAAAAGCAAAAACAAAAAACCUAUCCGAAAAAUAUACUAAAACUAUAUAAUUUUAUUUAUAAAUUUGACUAUUGAAAACGCAUCUUAUACAACAAUUCUCUUUGAUAAUCCAUACUGCAUGUGGAUAAGCUUGCCCGAUUUUUGUGGCUAGCUGUGUUGAGCAAUAUCAAAAAGAAAAACGAAGGUAGUGUACCUUGCAUAUUCAAUUUAGAUGCUCAUUUUAUAAAGAACUUGUCUCGUACUUUCCACAAUUUAAUUUUAUAGCAAAUCAAGAAACAUUUUUUAAUUAAA